GCUGGGUUGUCUGAAUUAGAGGAUCCGCCGCAUAACCGAUGUGUAGGUCUUUGUUGCGGGCAACAAGGAUUGGCGGCGCGUGAAGAUUCUGGAGGUACUGAUGUCGAGCAAUCUUAAAUACAGCAUGGCGGGUUGCAUGUGUCUGCCUCUCCCCCUUCUUGCAAAUAGUGUCAUGGACAGUCAUUCAACUUGGAAGGCUUUUCCUUAUACACUUCUGCCAGGUCCAACGUUGCCAGCGUCAGUGAAACCCAUGGUAGCAAAUAACAAACGAAGAUAUCUGAGGGUCGGGUGUCUACUCCUCAUCGCGUGCAUCUUGUUUCUUUCUGCCUUCGGCUGGCAAGCCAGGCAUAGGAUGAUCGUUGAUCCCCUCCCUGAAACAACCCCUUACGAACUUGAAAACUAUGACACGGGACCUUUGCCUUCUAUUGACGCGGUGCCAGAAGUGCUCAAAUUACUACGAGCUCCUCGGCGUCAUCCAUUUCAAAACCUGACUAGAGUUGCGGAGAUCCAGCGGAAAGCUUGGGCUCUUACCCCGUUCUCGCGAGCAACCUGCCAGUUUCAGGAAUGGCACGAAAUGAGAUACGCAUCGCUCAGAAACUCAGGCAAGAAUGUCUUCCUUGCGAUGAAUCUCCAUAACAAUGCGCAAACAUUUCCAACAAUCAUCUCGCAAAUGCCCGAAGUCUUAAAGUUCCUGACACCUUCAAGUAUUCAUGUGUCUAUAUACGAGAAUGGAAGUGAAGAUGCCACCCAACAAUUCCUAGUCCUUCUCGCGGAUAUCCUGGACAACUUGGGGACCUCCUACACGAUCAUUUCGGAGGGGAAGAAUUUUACAUUUGAUAAGGGCUUCAACCAUCGGAUCGAGGCACUUGCAAUCGCUAGGAAUCUGGCCCUUGCACCUCUAUACUCUGGAGCCAUUGAAAAGGCGAUGCCGGGCAGAAAAUUUGACGAAGUGCUGUUUAUGAAUGAUAUCAUCUACUGCGCCGCAGAUGUCUUGGAAGUUCUUUACCAGCGGCGGGAGCAAGGCGCUUAUGAGUCUUGCUCUGUAGACUGGGAUUGGGGUGGACGAAUAGUGUAUGACAGAUGGGUGCUGCGGGCGAUGUCCGGAGACCCGUGGUACGAGCACGACGGCCUCGUCAAAUACUUCAGAGACCCUAGAAGUCUUGAUGAGAAGAUUGCACCAACACCGUUGCCUGACAGAACGGAAGAUCGUCAUAGAUUCGAAAACUUGAUGCCACUACAAGUUUUCGCCUGCUGGAACGGGAUGGCUGCUUUCGACUCUAGUGUCUUCAUUGAACACGACAUUCGCUUUAGAAUGGGACUGAGUGACCACCACGAGAACGGAGAGAUCAAGCAGCCAACGGAUAUUGUGUCUGAGUGUUAUUUAACGAGCGUCGAUAUGUGGAAGAAGGGAAUAGGAAAAAUAUUAUUGGCAUCUCGUGCUCGCGUCGCCUAUUCCGUGGAGAACUAUGACACUUAUCGAACAGACCAGCGGAUUGGGAAACCUGGGGCGAAGAACCUGGAGAAAUUAGCAGAGGAAGAACGGAUAGAAUGGCAGUCACAACCCCCCGCAAAGGUCGCGAUGCAUGACUUUACAUGGUGGGAAAUGCCGGAGAGAUGGGCCCCAUGGGAUGAGCCUUGACUGUAUACAUCACCCAAUGAUACUAGGAGAUGUUGGCUAGGCGAUGCCAGACACCGACAGCGAUGGAAAAGAACAUGUCAAACCAGUCACUUAUGUUGUAAUAGCCACCCUCACUGAACUUGUAAUCACAAGACCUAGGGA